AUGUCACGCCGUGGGGCACCAAAGGGCAAAAAGCCCCCAGGCACAGAGUUUACAUGGGAUGCCGACCCUGGCGGGGAGCCAGACACGGCUCCAACGCCGUUGUACCCUAAAUAUACUGUCCCAUUUGCUCGGAAGUUGAGCCCCGCAGAACAAACCCAGGUAGACUACUACCGCGAGUUGCGCGAAACCUUUCACGAGGGCCCUUUUUACUGUGUACUUGAUGCUUCGUCUUCCAAUGCCAAAAAAGGCAGCGCCGCGCGUGCCAACUUUGACGCGUUUCACGGCAUGCCCACCUAUUCCGGUCGUUAUCAAAAGAAACGACGUACCCUUCCCAAGAUCACCGGACGGACUUAUUUCUUGAAGUUCUUUCCCCGCGAGCUAUGGCAAACCCUCCAGCCGAACUUCCGACCUGACGCGUCCCUGGAUGGCUACCAGGGCCAGUCGUCGGCCGCUGGAGUGAAGCGUGGUUUUGAGGACGAAGAAGACGAAGCUGGACCUGCAAAGCGCGUGGCCGCCGGCGAAGACGAGGAGGAUGGUGACGCAGAUGCGGAUGAAGGCGCAUUGAUUGAUGAGGAUGAUGAACAGGAGGAGGAAAUUAUGGAUGACGACUUCUCCGAAGAUGAUGAUGAAAUGGGCGGCGAUUACAAUGCCGAGCAGUACUUCGACGAUGGAGAAGAUGAUAUGGGUGAUGAAGACGGUGGAGGCGGUGGCGGCGACGAUGACUUCUGA